AUGUUGAUUUGGCUCUCCCACUUGCUGCUGGCUCCCUUUGAUCUGUCAUCGAUGUCAUCGGAUGAUCUUCCGGUUCCAUAUGAUAAUCUAGGCCAGCUCAGACCCCUGUCACCCCAGACGCCGGCAAUUGCAAAGUCCAUCCUCUCGGUGUCCCUGAAUUAUGUGAACGUUCCCGGGAAAGAGCGAGAGGCCGCCACUGCGCUUCUCGCACGCUUGGUGCUUCGAGGGGACAUGCAGUCCCUAGGACUCUUGACGUAUCUUACAGAUUGGGCAUUUUCUAUGAUUGAGCCUGCGGACAGACCUGAGCCUCCUACUGUCUACACCUGUAUCGGUGUACUGUCUUUUCUUGCGCGUCUUGGGGCCUCCGGCCAAGUGGAAGACUUUGCUCCACUUAUCGUACCGGUCUUCCAAAAGACCCUGCUCGUUGCACAGGGAACGUCAGAUGUAUCUGAGAUUAUCAAGUCCUCUGCGCUGGCGAGGAAAAUUAUUAUUAAAAUUCUUCGCUCAGUGACGGUCAUGGCCUUGUCCUUGAGUGAAAGGGCAGACAGUCCACUUUCGGAUGACCAAUUCUCUUCAAUUCUGGAAGAUGCAAUCGAUCAUUUCUUGGUGGCUUUGGCUGAUAAAGAUACCCCCGUGCGGUUUGCUGCAAGCAAGGCCUUGAGUAUAAUAACGCUGAAGCUUGACUCGGAUAUGGCGGCAGAGGUCAUUGAGGCCGUCACCGGUUCGUUGGAGGAGAAUAUUCUAUAUGAGAAGCCGGAUGGUACGAUCGUGACCCCGUUAGAAGCCCGGAUGUUUGGGACCAACAAAUUGAAACGAAACCUGAGCGCAGUGGAUGCUCAGCGAUGGCAAGGCCUGAUACUUACGCUGGGCCAUCUCCUAUUUCGUCGUGCCCCGCCCACUCAUCAACUUCCCGAAGUGCUCCAACCUCUGAUUUCUGGACUUGAAUUUGAACAAAGGUCAUCGACCGGAAGCUCCGUGGGCACUGGUGUACGAGAUGCCUCUUGCUUUGGAAUCUGGGCCAUAUCUCGGAAGUACACAACCCAGGAACUGCUCGCUUUGAAACCGCAGACAAUCAACACAUCUACAGCCCAGGAUGAAACGAACAUCCUGCAGAUGCUGGCCAUAGAGCUAGUAUGUGCUGCUUGUGUGGAUCCGUCUGGAAAUAUUCGGAGAGGUGCAUCCGCUGCCUUACAGGAACUUAUUGGACGGCAUCCUAAUACCAUUUCCGAGGGAAUCCCGCUGGUUCAAGUGGUUGAUUAUCACGCCGUGGCUCGUCGCUCAAGGGCCAUGAAUGAUGUCGCAAAAGCUACUGCCGACCUGAGCCACCAUUAUUGGAGCCCUCUGAUUGAAUCGCUGAUGCACUGGAGAGGCAUUGGAUCACCAGACGCCGAAUCUAGGAGGCAGGCAGCAAAAGCCAUCGGGAACCUGAGCACCCAGAACUCUUACAAGUCACUUAAGAUUGUGCUUCAGCGAUUGAUCACCAAAUUUACGAACCUUCCACACAGCGAUGUUGAGGGGAGGCACGGCUGUUUGCUAGCACUUUCUGCGACGGUUGAAGCCUUCAAUACCUGUCGUGAGAACUCGGAGGAUGGCACUGAGGCAGCAGAUGUUGUGCUCCAACUAGAGGAAAUCUGGAACAUAUUUAACUCUCCAGCCGGCCCUACCAAGAAGGACCUGACGCUCCAAAUCUCACGUCCUGAAUUGACAGCUGAAGCGGCAGCAUGUCUGAUCUCUUCUCUCUCUCGUUCAGUGUCACAAGAGACGGUGCCAAAAGUUCCACAACCGUCCGCCGACGUGCUCGAUAAAGCCCUUGAAACUCUUCUGCUCUGCGUUUCUCGAGGCGAAGACAUUGCCAUCGAGAAUUCCUCUCCAUCGGUAUCUGGGAUAUUCCCUCUCUUGACUCCAACAAGACAGGAAGAAAUAAUUCAAGGCUGGUUUUCGCACAUCGGCACCACUCGGAAAUUACCAACUGGCCGCGGCCAAAUCUCAGUUCUGGGUGCUAUUUUCAAGCACCUUGAUGUAAGGAGCGAGUUGAGGCAGUCGAUUGUGGAGGAGUUGUUGCGAUGCACCGAGAAAGACGAAUUGAUUGAAAAGCGAGUAAUGGCUGUGAAGAGCUUGACUACAGGUGUUCUUCCAUAUUUAGACGAAACGGAUGCCAUCUCAGAACAUGUGAUUAGCUUCUUGGAUGACUAUACUACAGAUAGACGCGGUGAUAUUGGCUCUCAAAUUCGGCUAGAGGCAAUUCAAUCAGCACAUAUUCUCCUUCAGAAGAACUCGAAAUUCACAAUUCAUGACUCGCACGUCCAGAACAUCAUCGGAUGUCUCUGCCGAUUAGCAGCCGAAAAGCUGGAUAAAGUUCGCCUUCAAGCCUGGCUAUGUCUGCAGAGUUUCUGGGAAUCAACCGAUGAGUUUCCACAAUUGAAAAGACGAUACGAACAUUUCAGCCAUGUGUCCUCGCCGGACUAUUUCCUACAGCUCCUCGAUCUGGAAGCAGUCGAGUGGUUGCGUGUCCCGAUCCUCCAGGGUAUUGCAACUUCCGCCGUCGCCGGAGCCGAGGGACUUAUUCGCUCUUCGCGUUCAGCCUUGGUUGAAUGGAUUAACAACCGGGGGGCGGAAGAACUGCCCAUCGCAGUGGUUUCUGUCAUAAAAGAUCUUUUGGUUAUAUUGAGUGACAACCUUCAAGAUGACCGUUAUGCUAUACCGGUAAUCGAGCUACUCGCGUUCCUGUUAGAUGGCUAUAUCUCUUCAAUCCCUGCCGAUUCCGAGCCCAGUUUCAGGAAACUGUUCGUCCUUGUACAAAAGGCCCAUUUCAAAACCUCUAAUAUCGCAAGACUAGAAGCAGCGAUCAGAGUGUACGCGUGUCUAUGUCGAUUGGAGCCAUUGCGCACUGAAGCGCUCAAGAAGAUGACGGGCAUGCUUUUGCAUCCUUUCCCAAGGGUUCGAAGUAACAUUGCGGAAUACUUGUAUAUGGAAACCGAGCUGGACAAGGUCAAGUAUGAGGAUUGGAUGAGGCAGCCCAAAGAGUUGAAGGGCCUUGUAGGAGCGUUGCGGGAGACUUGGGGGUUGUAG